GGGGAUUGAUGGGGAGAAGUCAUCAUCUGAUCAUCUCAGCUGAGCUAUAAGACAGAAAAGGUAGCUAGGGAUCGAUGGAGGGUCUGGUGAAAUGCUCGGCCAACUACGUCCCUCUCUCCCCCAUAAGCUUCUUGGAGAGAGCAGCUUUUGUCUGUGGAGAGAAAGUGUCUGUUGUUUAUGGCAGCCAUAUUAGAUAUACAUGGAGGCAAACUCAUGCAAGGUGUAUCAAUCUGGCCUCUGCUCUCUCUCAGUUGGGUCUCCGCCCUGGAGAUGUUGUUGCAGCAUUAGCACCAAACAUUCCAGCACUGUACGAGCUACAUUUUGGGGUUCCAAUGGCUGGGGCAGUCCUUUCUGCACUCAACACAAGGCUUAAUGCGUCCAUGCUAGAAUUGUUAUUGCAAGAGUUGCAGGCCAAAUUCCUCUUCGUUGAUUACCAAUUCAUUGAAGUUGUCCUCAAAGCGUUGAAAUUAAUCACACUUGCCAAAGCCAAGCCCCCAUUUCUUGUUCUCAUCCCAGAAUCUGAUCUUUCUAAUCAUCAAGAAAUUGCACCUUCAACCGUGGAAAAACUCCCGCCAGGCAGCCUCCAUUACGAUCAACUUCUCGCGAUGGGAAAAUAUGGUUUUGAACCUAUCCGUCCUGCCGACGAGUGCCAACCGAUCUCCGUGAAUUUCACUUCUGGUUCUACCGGGAAGCCUAAAGGCGCAGUCUACAGCCAUCGGGCGGCCUAUCUGAAUUCCAUUGCUCGAAUCCUCGCAGGUGACAUGAGACCUAUUCCAGUGUUUUUAUGGACGGUGGACAUGUUCCGGUGCAACGGGUGGUGCUUCACGUGGGCAAUGGCGGCGAUGGGCGGCACCAACAUAUGCAUCAGAAGUCUCACUGCCAAAGCCAUCUUCGACGCUAUACAUCUCCACAAGGUGACCCUUUUGUGUGGCGCGCCGGCCAUCUUGAGCCUAAUCGCAGAAGCCCCCGCCGCCGACCACACGCUGCUUCCUUCCAAGGUGGAGAUACUAGUAGCCGGAGCACUGCCAUCGGGUAAAGCUGUGAACAAAGUCCAAGAGCUAGGAUUCAGCGUGUCUCAUUUAUACGGAAUGACAGAAGCCCUUGGCCCGUUCACUGCUCAAUCACUGAAACCACCUAAAGAUGAUCAAGCAAGCGGGGAAGGGAUUCACAACCCUAUGAUGGAAGAAAUUGACGUGAAGGACCCGGAGACGAUGAUCAGCUUGCCUAGUGACGGGAAAACCAUCGGAGAGGUGAUGUUCAGGAGCAACACUUUAAUGUCGGGCUACCUGAAAAAUCCACAGGCAACUCAGAAAGCUUUCAGAGGAGGGUGGUAUAGGAGUGGAGACCUUGGAGUUCGACUCCCAAACAGGUGCAUAGAAAUAAAGGACAGGGCUGUGGACAAAAUACAGAGUUCCGGUGGAGAAAUGAUAAGCAGCCUGGAGGUGGAGGCGGUGGUGGCAGGGCAUUCAAUGGUGGCGGCCGUCGCUGUUGUCGGGAGGCUUGAUGGUGCUGUUGGAGAGACGGCGUGUGCGUUUGUGACGCUGAAGGAGGGGUGUAAUGGCACGGCCGAAGAGAUUGUUGAGUUUUGCAGGGUCAGAUUGCCACAGUAUAUGGUUCCAAAGAGUGUAGUUUUCAUGGACUUGCCGGUCAACUCAAUCGGGAAGGUGCAGAAGUUUGUUUUGAGAAGCAGCUCUCUCUCUCUCUCUCCAGCAGCGGCCUUCUACCUUUGGUGUCCGUCCAGCAGCAACCCUCUCUCUCUCUCCUUCAGCAGUGGCCGCGACGUCCCAUCCACCUCCGGUGUCCUCUCUCUCCCCGGCGUGUCGUCCACCUACAGCAGCCCUCCACUCUCUCCGACGUGUCAUCUGCCUAUAACAGCCCAGCAGCGGCCCUCCACUCUCUCCGGCGUCCUCUCCAACAGCGGUCGCGGCGUCCCCUCCACCUCUAGUGUCCUCUCUCUCUCCCGCGUGGGGGGGCGGUUUAUCAAUUUAUUUGGGCUUCCAGAGGAGACAUGACUCAUCCUGAUUUUGAUUUUGUUUGAUUUAGUUUUUACGCAGUGUAAUUUGAAAAGCAGAAUAUCAUAAAUUAUGAUUUGUUUGCUUCUUAAAAUAUUUUUAGUACUUAAACUAAACAAAUUCAUAAAA